AUGCGUCUAUAUGUGGUGAGGACUCCCACCGACAGCAUUGUGGCUCAGAGGAGGAGCAAAAAUAAAAGCUACAGACAGUCAUACCGCAGCUGCUUAGGCGCUGCUUCAAGGCUCGGCCACACCCCAGGAUGGACAGCGCGGAGGCUCAACACCAGCAGAAGAACAAAGUCACACAAUAUCACCGAGAAGGUGAAUCCAGAGGAUCUGGCCUUACUGGUGAAGACAGAGUGGCAGCUAUCGUAUGUUACACCGCUCUACCAGUUCAGACACACCCAGCUCAGGAGCUACUCGAGGCAGCUUUCGGCGUUUAUUACUGCAGAGAAGCAGCAGGGUUUGGCAGUGGAGGUUGAGGGAGCACAGACCAGCUUCAGAGUUUCCUUCUCUGUGGUGCAGGGGCUGGGAGAGACGGACGAUGAUGCUAAGACGGUCCUUGUACAGAUCCAUUCAAAGCCGGUGUUUGCAGGGAAGGAUGAGGUGCAGAAGUUGGUGUGGAGCGGCUGGCUGACCUGCAUCAAUGGCAAUCCUGAAUAUCUUCACUCGCUUCCGAAGGACUUCACCUGUCUGCCGCUCUUUGGCAGCCGUGGGGCUGAGAAUCUCACCUCGUUGGUCAAAUCCUGGUUUCAGCAGACCUUUGACUGCUGCUUUGGCCCUCUGGAAAUCAACCAGACCUGCCUGCAGUGGCUAGCGGCAUUAUGGACUAACUGCCACAUAGAGUCCAGCAUCCAGCAUCUCAAAAUGAUUUGGACUCUUCCGGUUGAGCCACCGUUGCAGAUCACCUACACAGUUAACCCUCAAGAUGCGUGGGAGCUGUGGAACAGUGUGAGGACCCCUUCACUGGAGAGCAGGGAGGAGGAGGAGGCAGCGAGAAGCAUUGACAUCGAGGAGGUUACAAGGUUCACGCAGAGCCUAAUGAGCCAUUUCUACAGGCACUUCAGACUGGACCUGUCAGCAGGACGCCUGAGUCAGGUCUCAUCUGCACUGGGAUCAGCCAAGUUCAGUGGCAGGAUCAAGAUGUCCAACAGCAGAUAUGUACUCACAACCCUAUCACUGCUGACAGAGUGUGCCCUUCUCAAAAUGCCCAUCUGAGCACAAAAGAAUGACUUUGCAGCAAGAGGAAAUGCAAAUUCUGCAAUGUCAGUUUGCAAAACCUGUUAUGGAAUAAC